ACCAUAUGGAUGUGUGUAUUUCCACGUCCAGCUGGGUGAGUACUUGGUUUCCUGUAUGAAUACUUAACGCAAACCACGUGGUGGUGUGAAAGCAGACUGCAGCUUCUUUUGUUCAAAUCAAUCAAACCGGAGACGGCCAGAGAGCUGCUGAAUCAGGAAAUCACCGCUUCAGAUUGAAAGAUGCCACGUACGAAGGUGACAGACGUCUCAGGGAACGGCGGGGUGAAGAAGAAGAGGGCCAGCGGCAAGAGGAAAGAGAGGGACUUCAGUAGCGACGAUGAGUUCGAUUACGAGCAGGAAAACAACAAGAAACCCGGAAAGCUCUCCGCCAAGUCCGGUCUGCAGCCCGUCACGGUGGCGGACGACGUCAAAGAGAAAAUAAAACUUGAGGGUCCGAAGGUGAAAGGUCAGCUGCUCAUCUUCGGAGCAACCAACUGGGAUUUGAUUGGAAGAAAGGAGGUGCCCAAACAACAAGCUGCUUUUCGCAACCUGGGCCAGAAUCUGUGGGGCCCCCACCGUUACGGCUGCCUGAGUGACGUCCAGGUCAGCUGCGUGGUGUCUGGUCCCUGUGCCGCCCACAGUCUCCUCAUGACCACCGAGGGCAAGCUGUGGAGCUGGGGUCGUAACGAGAAGGGCCAGCUGGGCCACGGAGACACCAAGCGCCUGGAGGCCCCCAAGUUAAUCGAGGCCCUGGCGGAGCACGUGAUAGUGGCCGCGGCCUGUGGACGCAACCACACCCUGGCACUCACAGGUAGGCGGAGUCAUCAUCAGGGGCCGCACCGACGUUAUGUUUACCAGUAUCAGAAAAGCCUCCGAUACCGCCUAAAACUCUGGUAUCAGCAGUACUGGAGUGUAUACAUCGAUUAG